AUGCCUUUCACUGCGACCAACGCUGCCGCCGCGAGCGGUCCCAGCGCCGCCGGCACCUCGAGUGCAAAUCCCAGCUCGAGAGCCUCACCCGCCGUGGGCGCUCCACCGACGACCCAAGCCCUCUCCUCCAAACCAAAGCCGGUGCAGGCCAACCCGAACGGCACUUCUGCACAUCCACAUACCGCCUUGAGCAAUAUGACGAGCCUGCCGUUGGAUUUGUCUUCAGUCGAACGCCGAGGCCUGCCUACGGCGCCCAAAGAGCCCGUCAAGAAGACGGGCCGCAUCUAUGACCUGGAGGAUGCGCCAGUUUACCAGCCUACAGAGGAAGAGUGGAAGGAUCCCAUGGAAUAUAUUCGCAAGAUUACACCCGAAGCCAAGGAUUACGGCCUCUGCAAGAUUAUUCCACCAGAUUCUUGGAACCCAGAUUUUGCUAUUGACACAGAGAGAUUUCACUUCCGCACUCGGAAACAGGAUCUCAAUUCUGUUGAAGGCAGCAGCCGAGCCAAUAUCUCGUACGUCGACUCGCUUCUCAAAUUUCACAAGCAGAAUGGGGGUCACAUGGUCCGAAUGCCGUAUGUCGACAAGCGGCCGUUGGAUCUCUGGCGGCUCAAGAAAGCUGUCGAGUCUCGCGGUGGCUUUGAAAAGGUCUGCAGGUCCAAGAAAUGGGCUGAGAUCGGCCGCGACCUGGGCUACAGCGGCAAGAUUAUGAGCUCCCUUUCGACUUCCCUGAAAAACUCGUACCAGAAAUGGCUAUGUCCAUACGAGGAGUACCUUCGGCUUGCCAAACCUGGUGUCUAUCAGCAACUGGAGACGGAAAACGGCGGGCCACUGACACCAAGCCCAGCCCCAAGCCCCAUGAAGCAUUCGAACAUGCCCACGCCCUCCAGCCUCAGAGGUGAAUCCCCUGCACGAUUCGCAUCAUCCGCAUUGCAGGCCUCUGUAAAUUCAGAGAGGGAUACGCCGAUGCAGGAGGCCCAACCAUCGGCACCCUCGGCACCGCAGUCUGUCACCAGUGGAUUCACAGCCAUCAAUUCCGGUGGUUUCACCGCAGUGAAUUCGGGGUUCACCAGUGUCAAUCGCCCGCCCGCGGCUGAUGUCAAAUCUGGCACCCCUUCAAAACAGUUUACGAGUCCUAUGACUUCGAGCAAAAACACGCCGGAGUACCGACCUUCUGGCCUGGGACCAGCAAACUCGCUGAAGAGGCAGAUGAGCGUUGACAGCCUCGACUCGGCCAGGGAGAACGGCCUUGACAAGGACGAUGACAACGGUAGCCGGAGGAGUAAGCGGCUCAAGAAAGAAGCCGUUCCUACCGUAGCUGGAUCCCACAUGUCCAUGUUUCGGCCGAUGCCCCGGCUAUCGCCCCGAGAAGACACGUCCGGCCCGGGAGAGAAAUGCACACAUUGCGGCAAGGCUGAAGAGACCGGUUUCCUCGCCGUUUGCGAGUCGUGCGACCACGCUUAUCACGGUGCUUGUUUGGAUCCGCCGCUUAAAACAAAGCCUGACUCCGAAUGGAACUGUCCCAGAUGUCUCGUCGGCGAUGGCCAAUUCGGUUUCGAGGAAGGCGGACUGUACUCGUUACGCCAAUUCCAAGAGAAGGCUGCGGAUUUCAAGCAGGGUUACUUCGAGAAGCGCAUGCCAUUCGAUCCCGUACUGGGCUGCGCAAGACCAGUCACCGAGGAUGACGUUGAACGCGAGUUUUGGCGCUUAGUCACCGAUGUUGACGAGGAGGUACAGGUUGAAUAUGGCGCUGACAUCCACUGCACUACACACGGAUCCGGAUUCCCUACUGUCGAGAAGCAUCCUACCAACCCCUACUCAACCGACCCAUGGAACCUGAACAUCCUUCCAUAUCACCACGAGAGCCUGUUCAGACAUAUCAAGUCGGAUAUUUCAGGAAUGACUGUGCCUUGGGUGUAUGUCGGCAUGAUCUUCUCCACCUUCUGCUACCAUAAUGAGGAUCACUAUGCGUACUCCGCAAACUACCAGCAUUUCGGCGCGACGAAAACUUGGUAUGGCAUCCCUGCCGAGGACACCGACAAGUUCGAGAAGGCAAUGAAGGAGGCCGUUCCGGAGUUAUUCGAGACCAACCCUGAUCUACUGUUUCAGCUCGUCACGCUACUCACACCUGAUCAGCUGAAAAAAGCCGGUGUACGCGUCUAUGCUGUUGAUCAGCGUGCUGGCCAGAUGGUCAUCACAUUUCCGUCAGCAUAUCAUGCUGGCUUCAAUCACGGGUUCAAUUUCAAUGAGGCGGUCAACUUUGCUCCUUGCGACUGGGAGCCCUUUGGACUGGACGGGGUUGAGCGUUUGCAAGCAUAUCGGCGACAGCCCUGCUUCUCCCACGAUGAGCUCUUGUGGACUGCUGCGGAUGGAACCAUAAGCAACAGCUUGACGAUCCCGACGGCAAAGUGGUUGGCUCCCGCACUCGAACGGGUUCACCGGCGCGAAUUCGCCGAGCGAGAGGACUUUGCCGCAAAACAUUUCUCGGCGUCGCCUCACAAAUGUGCUCUCGGUGGCGAGAAUGAAGGAGAGCCGUGUCCCCUUUCGUUCAAGAUUGACGACACAGACGUCUCGGAGGAAGAGUAUUCGUGCGCGUACUGCAAGGCGUUUGCCUACCUGUCGAGGUUCAAAUGCCUGAAAUCUGGCAAGGUCUAUUGUCUAAUGCAUGCAGGAAGCCAGCCCUGUUGCGAUGCGACGCAAAGCAGUCGAUACCUUGGCCAGGACCACGAACUUAUAUUCCGGAAGUCGGACGAGGUCAUCACUGCAACCAGCAAGAAGGUCUCCGAAAAGGCGAACGUGCCUGAGGCAUGGGAGGAGAAAUACGACAAGGUGCUCGAUGAGGAGGCAACCCCUUCGCUGAAGACCUUGCGGAAUCUACUUAACGAAGGAGAACGCAUACCGUACGAGCUCAAAACCCUACCUCUCUUGCGAGCGUUUGUUGACCGUUGUAACCGCUGGGUCGAAGAGGCAACCAAUUACACGAUCCGCAAGCAACAGAAUCGACGAAAGAACGAAAAGGCCUGGCAAACCGGGCUGCGCAAGUCGAUAGGCAGCGCGUAUCAAGACGAAAAAGAGCGCGAGAUGCGCAAGGCUGAGAACAUCAACCGCCUUCUGCAUGAAGCAGAGCAGAUUGGAUUCGACUGCCCAGAAAUACAGCUACUCCAGGACAGGGCGGAUGCGAUCAGGACCUUCCAGGAAAAUGCGAGGAACGUGAUCAACCACCCAUCCAUGCACCAGGUGGAGGCGGUUGAAGAAUUGCUCGAGGAGGGCAAUGGUUUCAACGUCGACCUUGAGGAGAUGGAGAAGCUCUCCAAGGUCCUAGACAAGCUGAAGUGGAACCAAAAGGCCAAGGCCAACCGCAGCGUUUUCAUGUCUUCACAGGAGGUUGCGGAACUCGUUGAAGAGGCUAGGCGUAGCGGGAUCGAGGCCUAUAACGACCACCUCAGUUUCUAUGUUGAGCAGCUCACUGCGGGCUUUCAAUGGGAGAAGAAGGCAAAGGAGAUCAUCGAAGCAGAUGUCAUACACUAUCCCCAGCUGGAAGCGCUUUCGCAACAGGCUAUGCAGAACCUCCUCCCAGUGUCAGCAGAGGUGCUGGCCCAGGUUGACCAGAUUUUGCACAAGCAACGGGAGGCAUUGCGUCAAAUCGCUGAUCUGAAUACUCGGACGAGGAACGAAGACUUCCGCAAGAGGCCUAGGUACACAGAGGUUGCCGACAUCAUGAAAAUGGUUGAAGACCUCCAGUCGAAGCCUCCAGGGACACUCGACCUAGAGAAGGAGCAACGGCGCCAUGAGGACUGGAUGCGCAAAGGCAAGAAGCUCUUCGGAAAGACAAACGCGCCGCUGCACAUCCUCAAGAGCCACAUGGAGUACGUUUUAGAACGGAAUCUUGACUGCUUCGACAUCACCAAGGACAAGCCCCGCCUGCCAGCAGAGCCAGCCUCGAGAGAGCCGACGCCUGAGAAGGAGAAGAAUGCCGCAUACAGGUGGGACGAUCCCAAGUUCAGAGAGGUCUUCUGUAUCUGUCGUCGAAUUGAGGCAGGCAUGAUGAUCGAGUGCGAGUUGUGUCAUGAAUGGUACCACGGCAAGUGCCUGAAGAUCGCUCGCGGGAAGGUCAAAGAGGAAGACAAAUACACAUGUCCAAUAUGCGACUGGCGAGUGAAGAUCCCUCGAGACGCAGCAAGGCCGAGGCUCGAAGACCUACUCGACUGGGAUGAAGAGAUCCCCAAUCUGCCGUUCCAGCCCGAGGAAGAGACCGUCUUGAAGCAAAUCAUCGACAAUGCCCAGACCUUUCGAAAUCACAUCCACUCAUACUGCAAUCCUGUACUGUCCACGAGGAACGAGGCCGAAACUCAGCGAUUCUACCUGCGCAAGAUAGAGGGUGCGGAGAUUCUCCUUGCCAACGAGACAAACUUCUUCCGCCAAGAGUUGCACAAGUGGCACCCCGUCGCCCCAAAUCCUCCCCCAGUCAUCGAAGUGUCGAAGAGCACCCGGAAGCCCCGGCCUACUAAGCUGGACAAGUUGCUGCUUCAGCAUGGGGUCACUAACGUAGAGGACUUGCCGGAGCAUGUGAAGUCCAAGGGAUUGAGCCUGAAGCGCAAGCGCCAGAAUGCUGAAAUGGCCGCUCAGGCUCACCAGCAGGCCGUCGCAGGAUCCUCUACCGCUGGCCCAGCAACGAGUCCUGGUGUGAACAGCUAUGCCUCGUACUACCAGAGAGGCACAUCGUCACAACCACAGACUCCGGGAUUGUCGAUCGCGAGCAGCUCUCACGCCCAUCCAUCACGUGAUCCCGGAUCGUCGUCAUCCUCGACUCAUCACGGCCACCCAUACGGGCGAGCUGACUCCAGUGGUCCGGUGAUUCGCCCUGAGAACAUGGACCUCGACAGUACCAAUGCCAAUAUCCAUCCCAACUUUUUCAUGCCGUCCGGCGGAGGACCACAGAUCAUGGCAGACAGUAUCUCUGGUCCUUCGCUCGAGGACCGUUUACUCCGCGGCCAGCCGGAGGAUUCAACAUUGAAAGACUACAUGGCAACUGAAGCAGGUCAACAAACUGCUCUUGAGAUGCUGUCCAAAACCCAGGAGGGGCGACGAAAGGCCGAGGAGAUCUUUGGUCCUGGUGCCUUCGAUACCGUCCGAGCGGCUAUGAGUGGAGCGGACGACGCUGGUAUCGACGAUGGGGCUGUGGACCAGAUGUUUGCCGACAUGGUCAACCAAGAUGAUGAGGAUGAGCUCAAGGUCAAGGGGAAGGGCACUGCCGGCAAAGGCAGUGCCAGCAACAGAGACGAGGAGAAGAUUACCGCUGAGAGCCUGGAGAACGAGAGGAACGGCCUGGAUGCACUACUGGACAGGGACUAG